CAGUACCGCCACCCGCCACUAGCUGGUGUUGUAGCUCUGGUCAAUGACAGUUGCCACAAUGCUACAGUGCUACCACCUGAGUGCAAACAGAUGGCACCUCGUAGCGCGACAUGGUUCAGCAGUAUUAUGAUCCAGAAACAAGAGAUAAAGACUUGUUAAAGUGGAAUACAAACGCUCCACCGGCGCAAUACAGAACCAGCUCGAGUAUGUGGACGUUAACCGGCAGGGAGGACCAACGGCUGGUGGUGCUAGCUAGCUCUGCUAACAUUAGCCACACUCGGACUCAGAGGAGCCCCCACGACUUGGGCCCCGCCCCGCAGAAGGUGUCCUCCAUGUGUGCCUGGAGAGGGUCGGCCAGCUGGAGCUGUGGCUGCAGAAAGCUCAGAGGAGUCUGGUAGCUGCAGGACCGGCUGCUGCUGCUGCUGGAUCAUCGACCAUGCAGGACAGCGUGGAGCAGCAGCUCCUCACCUGUCAGGAGAUGUUCCUGGAGAUCGAGCAGAAGGUCUCCGGCCUCUCAGCCCUCGGCCCAGCCUCGGACCUGCAACAGGGCGAAAUGAGAGCUGUGGGAUCUCAGCAGGAAGAUGCUGAGCUGCUGUCCUCCAAACUGGAGCUGCUGAAGGCAAACCUGGUGUCCUUCCACCAGCUGCUGCAGGAAAGACAGGGAGAGGAAAGAGUCAGCGUCUAUAGAGAGCCACAGGAGCAGAAGUCAGCACCUCCGGCAGAGCGCCCUCUUGAGUCCAAGCUGAAGCGCAGCAGCAGCGUGCAGGAGAUCUUCUCCUCACCCAAAAACAAACUUCUCAGACAGAGCAGCCUGCAGCAGCAGAAGGAGCUGGAGCAGGAGCUGACUGAACAGAGAGGACUGACUCAGGCCAUCGCCAGGCAGGGCAGCAGAGCUCGACUCCACAGCCAGGAAACAGAGGACCACAGCCCACUGUCACCAUGGUCGCCUCCCGCUGAGCCCGAUGUGCACGAGGACGCUGCUCAGACGAGGUGGUAUCACCUCCACAGCCGGCUGCAGGCUGUAGAGGAGAGCUGGCUGCUUCCUCCCUCUGAAGUGUCAGACUCAUCUGUGAGGCGUGGUGAUGGAACAGCAGGACGUAUGAUUGGCACACAAACCCUGAAAGAGCUCCAAACUCAUAUCAGCCAUCUGAGAGAGCUGGGACACAUGGCGACAGAGGGUCUCAGUCAGGCGUCCCCUGAAGACGGCUCCAAUCAGACGCUGGAUGAGGGUUUGUUUCAUGUUCUCUAUGGAGCGUCCCUGUGUCUGUCCUCCGUCAACAACCUGCUGCACUCACCUGCUGGGACGGCACAGGAGGAAGACGCACAGGAGGAAGACGCACAACUGAGGCUGCAACAGCUGCAGAGUCUAUCUGCAGAGCUGGACACCCUCGGCAGCGAGCUAGCCUCUCAGGGGCCGAAGGUGACGCAUGUCCUGGGAUCAGAGCGUGGUCAGCAGUGUGUAGACGAUGUGUGCAGAGUCCUUCCUGUGGUCCAGGCUGCACUGAGCAGCAGAGAGAAGCAGCUCAGGAACCUGCAGGAGGAGACUGCGAAGCAUCAGAUCCAUCUAAAUGAGUUGCAUGCAGCCUUCUCCUCUAACCAGAUGACUGUGCAGCAAAUAAUUAAUGAACACAAUGGAAGUCUGGACCCUAACAAACCGCUGCAGGCUAUGGUUCAGAUGCAGGAGUCUCUGCAGCAGCAGGUCAGCUCCCUACUGGAGGAGGCUGACCGACACAACCUGCCUGCAUCUCACAUCCAGCAGGCCAGACAGCUGCAGGGUGAGCUGGACAGAUCUCUGGGUGGUGUUCGAUCCUCCUGUGACGAGCUGAAGAGCAGUGUGGAGCUGCAGCAGCAGUAUGAGCGCCUGGUCCACAUGCUGGAGGAGCUCAUCACUCUGGGCUCUGAACGCCUCACGCAGCAGCCUGACACAGAGCUCUAUGAUAGGGAUCAGCUCCAGCAGCAUUUCAACUGUCAUACAAAAUUCUUCCAGUUCCUGGGCCAUCAUUUUGGGAUCCUGCAGUACCUGACCCAGAGAGUCCCGGAGAGCGCCCUCCAGAAGUGGGAGGGCGUAGUGAUGGGCCUGCAGGAUGAAGUGGCUCAGCUUCAGCAGAGGGGACUGGAGAUAGGGACCAGGAUGCAGGACACAUUGCAGGUGUGGUCUCAGUGGGAGGAAGACAGCGCCUGGACAGACUCCCUUCUCAAAGACGUUGAGACUUCCAUAACCAUGAUGCAUGAUGGGGCUGAAUCUGAGGAGCAGAUAUCAAAGAAGCUCUCCGUCUAUCAGGAGCUACGUGAUGUUCUGCGCUCGAACAAGGCGCGUUUCGGUCGGAUGCUGGAGGCGGGACUCUGGCUGCAGAAAGUGGGCUGCAGAGGAGUGGGCGUGUCCACGAGCAAGCUUGAGGCCUCCUGGAAAGCACUGCAGAGGAGGGUGGAGCAGGAACGCACCAACAUAGACAGGAAAAGAAAGCUAAAGACAAGGUUUCUUCGAGACUCUUCUGCAUUUGCUGAUUGGAUGGGCGGGGCCAGAGAGCUGAUUGACAGAUGGAGUCAGCACACUCUCUCAAACAGUGAAGAGAUGAAUGUUGAACAGAGGCGGGACCACUACCUGCAGUUAAUGGCUUUGACCAAAGAGUUGGAGGCCAAAUCUGGACUCAAGGUGGCUGUGAUCGGUGCGGGAACCCAGCUGGUUCAGCUUGGUGAAGCAGAUGGAGACUCAGAUCUGAACCCCAUGGACAAAGACACUUCACUGUCCCUGACUACAGACACAGAUCAGAGCCCCAUCGACUCCCAGCUUAGACAGACAGAGCUGGACUGGUCUGGUCUGCUGGCCGAUGUUCCUGUCAUACAACAAGCUCUGCAUAAGCAAUGGAUGAAGACGUUGAACCAGCAGGGGGCGCUGCUGGAGCUCCAGACUUGGUUGGAGGCUGCUGAGUCUCGGCUGGAGGAGCAUCGCAGCAGAAUCAACCAAACCUUCUCCAACAACACUGAUCUGAGUCAGCUUCUGAAGUACUGCAAGGAGUGUCAGGCAGAGAUGUCAGCCCAUCAGGCCACUCUGGACUUUGUGAACCCUCCUUUACAGACACGCAGUACCGAGGAGGGCCAACAGGGGCGCUAUGAACACAACCAGUUCGCAGAUGAGCAGGGUUGUCUCAACCAUCGGUGGCUCAGUUUGCAGGAAACUCUCAACUCUCAGAUCACAGAGGUGGAGCAGGAGCUGAGGAACAGAGUGGAGCGGGAGGCCAGACUUCAGCAGAUCAACAGCUGGAUCACAGAUCAGAACCUCUGGUUUGAGUCAGCUCAGACACCCAGCAGCCAGACGGAGCUGCAGAGGAGCAUCAACACCUGCCAGGAUCUUGAGGACAUGAUCAGGAAGAAGUCUGAGGCUCUCCAAGAGCUGAAGGACAAACUUGUUGAUCAGAGAGAAAACAGCAGCUGUGAUUUUAUGUCUCAGAUCGAGAAAUCCCUCCAGGCCUGUGCUGCUCUCACACAACAGAAUGAUUCAGUCAAAGAGAAGCUGAAUGAGGCCGAGCGGCUGUGGGACUGUGCAGAGAAGCAACUAAAUCAGAUGAAGCUGAAAACAGUGAGAACAUCUCAGACUCUUGAAUAUCACAGCAGCCCUCAGCUCUGCCUUCAGGCUCACAGAGAUCUCCAUGAGAAGCUGCAGCUCCUUCAUGGGGAGAAAGAAGCUUCUAAGGCAGAGUGGGAUGAGCUGCAUCAAACUGUGUGCUCCCUUAAAGAAGUCAUCACCCCUGCUGCUGCCGUCCUUCUCACAGAGCAGAUAGACAGACAGAGAGACAGUUGGACUGUGCUGUCUGGAGCAUUGGACCAGCAGCUCCAGAGGAGUGGUGGAGUCCUGCUGUCCUGGGAGGUCUACGCUCAGUUAGCUGCAUCUUUUUCUGAGCGACUGCAGACGCUGCAGGGCGAUGAAAAAUCUGUCCUGAAUGGAGUGCCUGCAGAAGAAAGGACAGUGGAGCAGGUCGCUGAGAAGAAACACAAAGUUCAGAGUCUCCAGAAGAAGACAGACACUCUGCAAUCCGACCUGGAGGAAGUGCUGGAGGCCUCCAAAGACUUGAUUGGCCACCUCGAACCCUCAGCCGCAUGUCAGGUCCAAUCAGAGAGCCGCUUGUUGUCACGAGGCGUCCAGCAGCUCAGCCACAGCCUGACAGGGAAGCUGGGUCAGCUGCAGGAGGAGCUUGAGAGACUGCAGGAGUUCGGAAGCGUCCUGGAGUCACUGGAGAGCAACCUGGAGCUUUGGCAGGAUCGUCUUCGGGAUGUGGCUCAGACAGCAGACCAGUCUGGCCUCCUGGAGCUGAGCGGCCCGUCUGCUGACCUGGAUGUGCUGAACGAGCUGAGCCACUGUCUAACACUGGGUGACGCUGCAGCACGCCGCCUGCAACGCCUCAACCACUGCUGGGCCGACACCUCUGCUAGCGCUGAGGAGGCCUGCAGUGAGCUGCAGACGGAGGCACUGAGGCAGCAGAGCUUUGAGCAGAAGUGUGAGAGCUGGAUGUCUUUCCUGCAGAGGAUGGAGGACAGUCUGGCUGUAGACGUGGCCGGCUCCUACGUCGGCCUCAGACAGCAGCUGUGCACACACAAGCGCUUUCAGACUGAGCUGUCCAUCGGUCACCAGAUCCUUCAUUCAGUUAUCGCUGAAUCUCUUCAUCUGCUGCAGAGAGGAGAGGUGGAGGACAGGAGUGACUUCAUCCUGAAGCUGGCCCAGCUCAGGGAGCACUGGCAGGGUGCUGUGCAGCGGGCGGACCAGCGGCGCUCCUUGGUGGAGGGCCUGGUGAAACACUGGCACCUGUACAGCCGCAGCUUGAAGAAGCUGCAGAAGUUCCUGUCAGAAACUCAAACCCUCCUUCCCCCCGCUGGACCGGCCUGCUGCAGCCUGCCACAACUCCGACGCUCUCUCCAUGACCUCCAGCACACUGAGCUGCUGUUCCAGAGGUAUCAGUCCAGUUUCAUCCACACGCUGGAGGUCGGCCGGCAGCUGUUCUCCAUGGGGGACGAGGAGACCCAGUCUCAGCUGCAGUCGGACCUGGGAACCCUGCAGGAGGAGUGGGAUAACCUCCACAGCCUCCUGGGACAGAGGAUGGACCUCACCGAGGCUAUCAUCAAGAACUGGGAGCGCUGUGAGGCCGGACUUGCAGACAGCAUGCUGCAGCUGAAGGACAUGAAGACCAGACUGAACGAGUCGAUGCCAGAGUCGGACGACGAGCUGUAUUGCACUGAGAAGUUCAACAAGGAGAACGAGGAUUCCUUGGAUGACUGGGCUGAGAGCCUGACGGAGCUGAGCACCAUGAAGACGGAUCUGUCCCAGUACAUCAUCGCGGACGAUGUCCUGCUGCUGCAGGAGCAAGUGGAGCACCUGCACUGUCAGUGGGAGGAACUCUGCUUCAAGGUGUCUCUGCGCAAACAGGAGAUCGCCGAUCGUCUGAACGCCUGGAUCAUCUUCAACGAGAAGAACAAGGAGCUGUGUGAAUGGCUGACGCAGAUGGAGAACAAGGUGGCGCACAACUCCGACCUCAACAUUGAGGAGAUGGUGGAGAAGCUGAAGAAGGACUGUAUGGAAGAGAUCAACCUGUUCAGUGAGAAUAAAACACACCUGAAGCAGCUGGGAGAACAACUCAUCACAGCCAGCAACAAGACGAAAGAGACGGAGAUCAACGACAAACUGAAGGACAUCAAUGACCGCUGGCAGCAUCUCUUUGACCACAUAGAGGCCAGGGUGAGGAAGCUGAAGGAGACGCUGGUGACGGUGCAGCAGCUGGACAAGAACAUGAGCAACCUGAGGACAUGGCUGUCUCGAAUCGAGGCCGAGCUGGCCAAGCCGGUGGUCUACAACGUGUGCCACAGCGACGAGAUCCAGAGGAAGCUGGCGGAGCAGCAGGACCUGCAGCGGGACAUCGAGCAGCACACAGAGAGCGUGGCGUCAGUACUGACCCUGUGUGACGUCCUGCUCCACGAUGCCGACGCCUGUGGCAACGACUCUGAGAACGACUCCAUCCAGCAGACGACCAGAAGUCUGGACCGACGCUGGAGGAACAUCUGUGCCAUGUCCAUGGAGAGGAGGAUGAGGAUUGAGGAGACGUGGCGUCUCUGGUGCAAGUUCAUGGACGACUUCUCUCGCUUUGAGGACUGGCUGAAGUCAGCUGAACUCACCGCGGCGAGCCCAGACUCAGCUGAUGUCCUCUACACCAGCGCCAAAGAGGAACUCAAGAAGUUUGAGGCGUUUCAGAGGCAGGUUCACGAGCGUCUGACUCAGCUGGAGCUGGUCAACAAACAGUAUCGCCGCCUCGCCCGUGAGAACCGCACUGACGCCGCCAGCAAGCUCAAAGUCAUGGUCCACCAAGGGAACCAGAGGUGGGACAGCCUGCAGAAGAGGGUGGCUUCUGUACUCCGCAGACUCAAGCACUUUACCUCUCAGAGAGAAGACUUUGAGGGGACCCGAGAGGGGAUCCUGGUCUGGCUGACAGAGAUGGACCUGCAGCUCACCAACGUGGAGCACUUCUCCGAGAGCGACGUCGAGGACAAGAUGAGGCAGCUCAACGGCUUCCAGCAGGAAAUCACCCUGAACACCAACAAAAUCGACGCCUUGAUAGUUUUCGGGGAGAACUUGAUCCAGAAGAGCGCUCCUCUGGACGCCGUGCUGAUCGAGGACGAGCUGGAAGAGCUUCACUCUUACUGCCAGGAAGUGUUUGGACGAGUGGCUCGAUUCCACCACCGCCUUGUCAACAGACGCCCGAUCCUGGAGGAGGAGAGGGAGCUCUCGGACCGGGACACAGACCACGACGACGCCCCUGAUCUGACCAACGGGGCCUCCUGGAGCGAUUCAAGGAGGAAAAAGGAGGAAGAGGAGGAAGUUCCAGCGGGAGGUGGAGUCUCAGCUGGACGGCAGGUCAUGUGUCACCUCUUAGUGCCGCCUCUGGAGCGGUCUGGAAGAGAAACCCCGGUCAGCGUGGACUCCAUCCCGCUGGAGUGGGACCACACGGUUGAUGUGGGAGGAUCUUCGUCACAUGAGGAUGACGAAGAAGCCACUUUCUUCAGUGCUUUGUCAGUGAAAUCUGUGACCGACCCGCCUAGCUGGCACCAGCCUGGCUCUCCUGAGAGGAAAAGGGUUCCUCGGGACCUUCUCCACGGGCUGAGCUCAUCACCCACACACACGACCAGCACUCCCUUCCACCAGCAGGGCUACGCUAAGCUCAUGUCAGAGUGCAGCGGCAGCAUCAACACUGUGAAGAGAGUUAAGCUGAUCCUGAACGAUGAAGAGGAGUUAGACGAUCCGGGUCUGACAAGCAGCACUGCAGACAAACAGACCAGCACAGGUGUUAUCGAGCGCUGGGAGCUCCUCCAAGUGCAGAAGUUCAACAAGGAGACGGACAUCAAGCAGGACCUGGAGCAGUGGCAGAAGCUCAACUCUGACCUCUCUGAUGUCACUUCCUGGUUGGGCAGGGUGCUGCCCGAGCUUGAGAGGCUACAAAGAAUCGCACCGUCCACGAGUAUACGAGACAUCGAAGUGAACAUCAGGAAACUGAAGGAGAUGCAGAAGACCUUCAACAGCUACAAGUGUCUGAUGAUCUCGGUCAACCUCAGCAGUCGUCACUUUCUGCGAGGGGACAGCGCCGAGCUGCGGGAGCUGCAGGAGGCUCUCAGCUCGGCCAAUCACAGCUGGACGCAGGCCUGCGGGGGGCUGGAGAGCUGGGAGAGGAGGCUGCACUCUGCGCUCAUGCAGUGUCAGGAGUUUCACGAGACGCUGCACUCCCUGCUCUUGUGGCUCGCUCAGGCUGAGAACAAACUAAGUGCUGUGAACGUCAACGACCCGUCCAUAUCACACCUGGUUCUUCUGGUGCACCAAAAAUCGCUGAAGGCUCUGCAGGAGGAGCUCCGUGGCCGACAGCGGCAGGUCUCCUCGCUGCAGGACAUCUCCUCUCAGCUCCUCCUGGAGGCCCCGGAGGAGGACAGCAUCGAGGCCAAAGAGAAGGUCCACGUCAUCUGCAACAAGCUGUGUCUGCUGCUGCGACAGGUGGCUGCUGACCUGCACGUGCUGCAGGGACGACUGGAAACCAGCUCGACCAGCUCUGAGGUGGACAGCAUCGGUCUGGGAACUCUCAGCUCUCCUCUGCUGCGGAGCAAGGAGGAGGUUGGACUACAGGCUGCUUCCCCUGGAAAACGAGCAACAAGAAGGGAGGAGAGGAGGGAUUCAUCCCCACAGCGGCCCCUCUUCUACCGGGUUCUACGUGCUGCCUUCCCCCUACACCUCCUCUUCCUCGUGCUGCUGGUUCUGGCCUGCCUGGUGCCUCUGUCUGAGCAGGACUACAGCUGUACACUGUCCAACAACUUCGCCCGCUCCUUCUACCCAAUGCUGCGGUACACUAACGGCCCUCCGCCCACAUGAAAAGUGCCACCAUGGAGAACUUUGAGCCAAUGGACCGAGAACUUCACCUUCUGCUUGGUUAUAAUCCAACAUGGAGUCCCCAACAGUGCUGAGGUACAAGUUGGAGGACACCUCCUCUUCUGGGAAAGAACAGGAUGCACUGCCUCCCUCGUCUGAAGGCCUCAUCGUACACGUUUGACUAAAUCGUACUGAUGUAUUUAAAAUGUAUUUAUUGUUUGUGGAAUUCCAAAAGUCUAAAUAUGAGAAGCCAUAUCCCCGGUUUGUUUGCAAGUUUUGUGAAUUGCAUGUGCAGAUUUGCCAUCUAACGUCCCCACCUAACAUCAAAACGAUUCAAGAUUUAUUUUAUUAUCCACUAAUAGUUCCAUUUUUCUACCUUGACUUGAUCCAGUCUGAAAGAUAAAGGACAGUUUUGUAACCAAAGCAUCCAGAAGUAGGUACACUCGCCAUUUUCUACCAAUGCAGCAAUUUUUUUCACAAAGGCAGCCACUUGUUGAUAGCACAUUUUGUACAGAACAGUUUGUUUGAUCUAGAAGUAUUUAAGAUAUAAAGAUAAGAUAUGACUUUUUUUUAAAUGAUGGCAGUGACUCAUCUGAAGACAUGCCUUUCUGUAGCCAACAGAACUACUGAAACUUUAUCAGAUAUUGUACUUUUACCGUUUGAAGGAUUUUUGUAUAUAAGGGCAAACUACAAAGGAAUGAGAAGUUCAAUGAUUGUUUCUGCGUAUGCGUUUUUUGAGUGUGGCACUGAAACCUGUCAAAGUGAAAUGGGCAAUAGCUUGAACUGCUUUUAUAUUGUGUGUUUGUUUGAGGCUUUUGAAGUCAUGCCGGCUAGUUGCAGUGUAUUUUUGGCACUCCCGUUUUGAGAGCCAGUGUGAUAAAAUGUCAGAUAUUUUCCUAUGAUUAUGUUAACUUUAUGGCCAGUGUUUUAAAAAGAUACAUGAAUAUUUUAGCAGAUCACUGAAUCUGGGAGUUUUGCAGAAAGGCACAGAUCUUAAUAUUAAAGCUGCAUUGGGAGAUUUUUCAACCACUAGGGGGCAAAGAGAGUCUAAACACACUGAGAAACCUUUUGAGCUUGCAGCUAAUUGCUCUUAGCUAACAACAAGUAGCAACAUUUUUUCAGUGUUGAUUUACUUCUUGGACAAAUGUGAAACAUCAGCUGAGCAAUGCAAUGAUUUCUGUAAAGCUACAGCACAAAGGAGCAUAUCUCAGUGUGUUUUCUUCUAUCAGCAAUAUCAACAUUUGAGUCAGUGUAAUAAAUACCAUUUAAUGCAGUCUAAAAGGCUGCUGUUGUGAGAUUUUAACAUUAUUGUAGCAAUAUAAGAAGGGAGUUUAGGAGCAGCACAAAAAAAGUGUAACACUGCCAUAAAGCUGCAACAUCAUUUUAUGUAAAAUAUAUAUAUUUAUAUAAGUAUAACUUUACCCUUUUGGAAUAAAAGAUUGGUGUUUAUGACUUACCCAGAGCUGUCCAGGUUGACUCCCUGGAGGUGUCACAUGGAGUGGUUUUAAAAAUGACUGUUUGUUAUUAUAGCCGUUGUGUACACGUGUGGGAUUCACCUGAACGCUGCUUUAAAUCUCUUCAGUCACGCAGUCAUCAAAAUCUUACCAGCCAGACUUGGAGUAGAACAUGAAUGUAAGUGAUCUUCUGGGCUCUGAAUGUAGCUGUGUACAUGCACAAUCAAAGAUCAUUCAAUGUGUGUCAUUUUCACUGUCAAUGGUGUCGAUCCCAAAUGUUAAAGCCACUGUACGAUUUGGUUUAAAAGUGUUUCCUCUGUAUUUGUACAUAAUCUCAGCAUCACACUCAGACGGCCAGACGAACAGAAACAAACCAGAAAAAGUGUGUAAAGUUUGAUUUAUUUUGUGAACUCUUAUUUAUGGGAUGUAUAGUUUGUCAUUUUUGAUUGACAAUAAACGUGUUCGCCAUGA